GUGACGUCACGGUCUGGAGACACCUGGUAUACUGAUUUUCAAAAGAACUUUGGCAUGGCAGCAACAUCAGCAGCUGAAGAGCCUCGGAAGAGAUGCAUUCUACCAAGACGUAUGGAUUUCUACUGGCGAACGUACGGGUCUGAAUGUCUCAAAACGGAAAGGAUACAAGAAAUCACGGACAAGCUGUGCGCCCUAACCAAUUCUGGAGGUGGAGUUCUUUACUUGUGGCGGAAUCGUAGCGAACACGAAAAGGCGCAACUCGCAUUCAGAGGCGAUAUCAAGAAGGUCGAAAAUCAGUUAAUGAGAACAAUUCCUCCAAUAGAGACGGGCCACUACAGCGCGUCUAUUCCCCCUUCUGAAAUAUUUGAUGAAUAUAAAUCUCGGCAAGACGAAGGUCCAGUUUAUCAAUUUAUUGUCAACAAGAAAGAUAACAAACAUCGCAUUCCCGAAUAUCGUUUACACUUGAAAGUACCGCAUCUGGAGUCUAUUGAUAAUCCAACUGAAAACGAACUGAGACAGAUUCUGCUGAAAGAGCCAUUAGACGAUGCUAAUGACCGUAUACCGGAUCCACCCAAACGAGAAACGUUCAAGAAUGGCGAAUCUGAGCGUCUCCAAUUCAAGGGGGCAACUGAUAGCAAACAAUUAGAAAGUUGCAUCAAAAAGCAUCUCAGACGUUGUCUGUCAGCAUUUGCGUCGUUUUGGGGAGGAUCAGUUGUAUUCGGGGUUGAAGAGAAGAGAAAGGAGAACAAAAUAUUGUGUACUGGAGUUUCUCUUGAAGGUGACCUGGAAAAACGUAAAAGAGAAAUCAAGGAAGAAGUUCAGGCUGAAAUCAAUCGCAUGUGGGUUGGAAACGAGUCUGAAGCAAAAUACGAGUUUAUUGAAGGGAAAGAUUUCUCCGUCACGUUUGAUCCUAUCACAGAAAAGGGUCUUUGUACGUUUUUGAUUAUAGUCUCUAUCAGAUCACUGAGAAGCGAGUUUCAAGGAGUUUACCAGCAGAAACCUCAACCUAUCACAUGUCAACCAUUAAGAGAAUCACAUGCAUUAGCGCCAGUGUCUUUUGUGGAAUGGUCUAAACAAGUACUGAACCCCACUCCUAUCAAUGACGGCAAUCAUAAGCCUACAGUUGUUCAAGGGCUGGAGAAACCUCCAGAUAGUUGCAAACGGGCGUCACAAGCGCAGAGAAAUAUAUAUUGCUCUUAUAGUGAUGAUGGAGAGGACCGGAAGUUGAUCCAACCUCUUCUUGAAUGGUUGAAACGGCAAAAGGGAAUUGAAAUACGUUACUGGCUACCGCUUGGUGUUUCUAUACUGACAGCCAUCGUUCAAGAGCUACGAAAAAGUGAUUUAAACAUCAUUGUAGUCAGUGAGGCGUACUUACGUGAUAAGAUAAAUGUCUACACUAUCCAGCAAGCACUACAUAUUGCUACUCUUCGCAACAUCCCUUUGAUUCCCAUUCGAAUUGGCAACUGUGAUGUACCGAUGGAGCUGGACUUCCUAACUCGUGUAGAAUAUAACGAUCUUCAAUUUUGGGAGAAACUUUCAAGGUGGAUAUAGGCUGCACUACAUACAGACCAGGAUGGCAUUAAUUAAUUACAUGGUUUUAGCUGUACAAUAACUAUUUUAUGCAUUUGUUUGUAUCAUGUUGUAGUGAUGAACGAGAGUAGCACUACUAGCAAAUAAGCUUUUGUAGUACAAUCA